AUGGAAGGCCAUCGGUUGCUGUUACUGCUCCCUGUGCUCGUGGCUACGGCUCACUGUCAAGCCUUCACUGGCCCAGAAGACGCCACACGUGCCACUGCUGACCCCCAAGACAGCACCCCCAGGCCCAGCCUGCCCUUCCACAAGAUUUCCAGGGGCAACCUUGAGUUUGCCUUUAACCUCUAUAGACAGCUGGCCUUAAACUCCCCCAAUGGGAACAUUUUCUUCUCCCCAGCCAGCAUCUCCUCUGCCUUGGUCGCACUCUCCCUCGAGGCCCCCACUGACAGCAGGAACAAGCUCCUGAAGAUUCUGGGGUUCAACCUCACCACGGUACCUAAGGCUGAAAUCCAGGAGGGCUUCGAGGACCUGCAGCACAGGCUCCACUCUCAAAGUCCCCAGCUGCUCCUGACCACAGGCCAGCACAGGUUCAGCAACCUGGGCCACAGGUCCAUGAAGAAACUCAAGAACACCCAGAAACACAUCAAGAAACACGUCCAUCAGAAGACCAAUGGGAUGCUGGGGGCCUGGAUGCAGGACUUGGGAAAUGAAACCACAGAAGUUCUGUUGAAUCACAUACUCUUCAAAGCCACCACCAGCCUGAGGAAGUCCUUGAGGGACCCGACCAGGUCUGUGCGGAUCCCUACGAUGAUGCAGAAUGCCAGCCACCUCUUCUACGUGGACUACGAGCUGCAGAGCAUAGUGCUGCAGAUGGAGCUGACCGCCAACACCACCUCUGUCUUCGUCUUCCCGGUGCAAGGCGCGCUGCAUCAGCUGGAGAAAGCGCUGAGUCCUGAGAGGCUCAUCAAGUGGAAUCGCUCGUUCUUCACCAGGUUGCUGCCUGGGGGCACCUGGCGCAGGGAAGGCUCCCGAAGUUUGGAGGCACUGCUUCCUCUGCUGAAAGUGAGAGGUGGCAUCCCUAAGCAGCUCCUACUGAACAUCUCUAAAGUCACCCACAAGGCAGUACUGGAACUGGAUGAAGAGGGGUUAGAGGCUGCUGCUGUCACCAACAUCCAGCUCAGCCCCUUGCCUCACCCAGCCUCAAGCCCCUCAGCGUCUGAAAGCACUCAAGUGUAUCAGCCCUUCCUGGUGAUGACUUUCCACACAGAAACAGGAAGCUUGCUUUUCCUGGGGAAGGUUGUGAACCCACUGUAUUAA